AUGUUCUCGACAUUACAACGGCUUGCCGCCGUCGCCCUUGUUGGGGUUGACGUCGCAAAUGCAGCCUUUAGCGUCGCGUCAGUCGCCGACAUCAAAAAGACAGCAGCCGACAUCGCAUUCGACAUGAUGCAAUACUACAAAGGGAACUUGACGGGACAAACACCAGGAAUUCUUCCCGGCCCUCCUCCAGCCGGUGAUUACUAUUGGUGGGAAGCAGGAGCAAUGUGGGGGACUUUGAUCGACUACUGGAGGUUUACUGGCGACGAGUCAUACAAUGAAGUUACCACCCAAGCCCUUCUCUGGCAAGUCGGUCCAGGACAGGAUUAUAUGCCACCCAACGUCACGGCAUCCCUAGGCAACGAUGAUCAGGGCUUCUGGGGAAUGACGGCAAUGACAGCCGCCGAAAACAACUUCCCCGAUCCGCCACCCGAUCAACCACAAUGGCUGGGCCUCGCUCAGGCUGUCUUCAAUACACAAGCACACCCUGACAGACACGACGAGACCUGCAACGGUGGAUUGCGAUGGCAGAUUCCCCCGCUCAACAACGGAUAUAACUACAAGAACAGCAUUGCCAAUGGCUGCUUCUUUAACCUCGGCGCAAGACUGGCGCGCUACACCGGCAACAAGACGUACGCCGACUGGGCCGAAAAGACGUGGGACUGGAUGAGGGGUGUUGGGCUCAUGGACGACGAUUACAACAUCCACGACGGCGCCCACGUCGAAAAGAACUGCACCGAUGUCAACGGCGCUCAGUUCUCCUAUAACUUUGGCGUCUUUACCCUCGGUGCCGCUCACAUGUACAACUACACCGACGGCUCCCCCGUUUGGAAAGACCGCCUCGACAAGCUCGUCAACGCCACCCUCGUCCGCUUCUUCCCCGAAAAGAUCGCCUACGAACCCGCCUGCGAAGACGGCAUGACGUGCACAACCGACAUGCUCUCCUUCAAGGGCUACGUGCACCGCUGGCUCUCCACCACCACGCAAAUCGCGCCACACACGGCCCCUAUCAUCCUGCCCGUACUCAAGGUAUCGGCCGAAGCCGCCGUCCAGACUUGCACCGGCGAAGCAAGCGGCCGUAUGUGCGGGUUCAACUGGAGGAAGAAGAAAUACGACGGCAGUCAUGGCGUGGGACAGCAGAUGAAUGCACUGGGGGCGGUUUCUGCACUACUGAUCAAUCAGCAAGGGACCAAAGCGCCGGUGACGAAUACUACCGGUGGCACCAGCAAGGGGAAUCCGAAUGCGGGAAGCCAGAGCGAUAGCUUUGGAGCGCAUAACAGGCCGAUAUCGACGGCGGAUAGGGCGGGCGCGGGAAUUGUGACGUUCUUGUUGUCGGCGGGUGCGUUGGGCACGUUUGCGUGGAUGGGCCUUGGUAAAUAG